AUGGCACAUUUCGGACAUGAGACGAAAGGCACUGAUGUUGUGGCUGCGUUUCCAGAUGCAGUGAGACAUGGAACGUUUGUCAUCACCGAGCCAACCAAAGGAGGACUUGGAGCAGCCAUAGCUUUGGCGUUAGCUGAAGCUAAACCAGCAUGCCUUAUACUCGUUGGAAAGUCCCAAGGCGAUGCGCAACCUCUUGUGGAUGAAAUAAAUCAAAGGUUUCCGACGGUAAAGACCCUCUUUAUCUCUGCAGACUUCGGUAAUUUCGAGUCGGUCCGCGGUGCCGCAAAGGUUAUCAGGGAAUUGGAUGUUCCCGUAGAUGGCAUUAUCGCAAGCGAGACCAUCACCGGACUUCAGUACGAGAAGACGGACGAUGGAAUUGAGUGCCAAUUCCAAAUAAACUAUUUGAGCCAUUUCUUGCUGAUCAAUACUCUGCUCGGUGCUAUGCCGAAACGCAAAGGCACGAGAGUCGUCUUGGUGGCCAGUAGCAUCAGGCCCGAUGCUCCAGUACCAAAUUUCGAUGAUUACAAUUUCUCCGACGGGAAAACCUACCAUCCAUUGGAAGCUUACGCGCAGUCAAAGCUGGCAAACGUGCUAUUCGCCAAGUCUUUGGCCAAGUCAUUUUCGAAGGAUGGAAUAGCAGCUUUCUCUGUGAAUCCAGGAAAUAUAAAGAGCAACCUUCAGACCUAUCUCAGCCCUGAAUUGGUUAACACAUGGCUGCAGAAGAAGAAAGACGCGGGAGAGGAAGCGCCGUUGAAUUUGCAGCAAGCCCCCAAAUCUCUCCCACAAGGUUGCGGCACAGUCCUGCGAGCUUUGCUUGAUCCAACUCUGGAAGAUAAAUCCGGUGCCUUCUUGGACAAUUGCCACGUCGUCCCCCUUCCAAAUCUUGACUUCCCUGCCGGAGAGCAAUCUGCGAAGCAGCUAUGGGAGCUCAGCGAAAAGCUGGUGGAUCAGAAAUUCGGGUCAUAG